CCAUUACUGAGGUCGUGUUUUUCACUGGACGCCAACUUCUAGUUAAAAUGUUGCCGUUUUUCUUUGCGUUGUUGUUUUUCACUGACGUGACUUUCGGUAAAACCUUAAGGGAGGGUGAUCCUGAACUGUCAUGGCCCGAAAGGUACACUGUGGCGGCAAAUCGGGUCUCUCUUACUUCAGGCAACGGCGAAGACUACAGAGCCUGGAAAACAGAGGAAUCUUCUCGAAUAGAUUACAACAAUGGUGCAGUGAAAUCAAUCGUUAAAGGAAGUACCCCAGAAUUUCCAGGAGGUGCUAAAUAUGAGAUCCAUCCCGAGGCUAACGAAGACGCGUCAUCCGUCAUAAAGUGCAACAUAAUAGAUGGACAAUCUACCAUCAUAUUAUUAGAAUCGAUUCUACCUGAUGUAGAAGGAUUUACGUGUGCUGGUCGUGAUCCCAUUAAUGAUAAGGACUCUUCAAGAUUCGAAUACCGAAAUGCAGAACAGGGUAUCGACACUAGAAAAGUCGUUUGGGCCGUGUUCGACGACCAAUUACAAGCAUGGAUACCAGUCAGAUAUGAGGAGAAAAUAUUCAACGACGUAUUGGGAUACUUGAGCAAACACGACGUUUGGGAUUUCUUUGAAUUCGUCACGGGUUGGGAUGAUUCCACCUUCGAUACUGAUAAAUAUGGAUGCGGAGUUGAAUACACAGAGCACACGAUGGACAGUGAGUCGGUGACCCAGCACCUGCUCUUCAUCGAUCCUGAAAACGAUAAACACGUCGAUCAUGUUUUCAACGCGUUCAAACACAAGCACAACAAAGAAUACAAAGAUAAUGAUGAGCAUGCUACGAGAAAGAGAAUAUUUCAAGACAAAAUGAGGCUAAUAAGAUCCACCAACCGCAAGAAUCUCGGAUACAAACUUGCAGUAAAUCAGUUCGCUGACCGUAGUCCUGAGGAGAUGAAAAGAUAUCAAGGGUUGUUGAGGCGACCUGAAGGAAAAACUGGCAAUAUUCCUUUUCCGUACACGGAUUCUCAUAUCAAAGCCAUGGAACCUCUUCUACCUUACGAAUACGACUUAAGACUAUUGGGACUCAUAUCCUGGGUUAAAAAUCAGGAAGACUGCGGAUCCUGCUGGUCAUUCGGCACCACUGCAGCCAUGGAGGGGGCGCUAGCACGUCGUAAUGGAGGGAUGCUUCUCAGUUUGAGUAAUCAGGCUUUAAUCGACUGCGCUUGGCCACAUGGAGCAAGAGGUUGCGACGGCGGCAGCGACAACGCAGCGUACGAAUGGAUGAUGCAAUACGGCUUACCCACUGUGGCGGAAUACGGACCCUACCUUAACAAGGAUGGCUACUGUCGCAUCAAGAACAUGACAAUGAUUUACCCGAUCAAGGGUUUCACUGAUGUUCCACCAUACAAUGUUGAAGCCUUGAAGGUUGCGAUAAUAAAUCACGGCCCGCUGUCUGCGUCUGUUCACAUUACUGAUUCGUUCCAACUGUACGCCGGAGGUAUAUUCUACGAUGCAUCGUGUUCCAGCGAUCCUGCGAUGUUAAACCACGAGGUGUCACUGGUAGGAUACGGCACACUAAAUCAAGAAACCUUCUGGAUCUUGAAGAACUCCUGGGGACCCACUUGGGGAGUCGACGGAUACAUGCUAAUAUCCGCAAGAGACAACAGCUGUGGCGUCACCACGGAACCUACUUACAUUAAUUUGUAAAAAUAUGAUCAUAAUGGUAUAGUUGUUAGUUUAAUACCACUUCAUAGACAGUGACACCAUUGCCAACCGUUUUUUUAUAUUUGAUUGGUAUUGUAAGGAUUGAGUAGCAAGCAAAAAUGAUAUCGGAUAAUAUCUAGCACGAAUUUGAUAAGCACGUGGAAUUUGAAUUAAAUUACUAUCAUUGCAAA